AUGAGAGAUGCGAGGGAAGACCUCUCUUGGGAUCGAAGGCAGAACCUUGGACGGGGAGGAGAUGCCGCUCCCCCCCGGCUGAGUGCGACAGGGUUCCGGUCCUUGGCGACACUCCUGCGUCAACGAGUGCGUGCGGAUGAGAUUGAUGCGGUAGCCCCGCCAGCGGUUCGUUCGGAGAACCUGGCUGGCAAGGUUGUAGCGGCGCCGAGCAACUAUUUUUCGGCCGACUGGACCGAGACCCGGCCGCGUAAGACCUGCACGUUACUCUCCCUUUGCAUCAGACAGAUCGGGCGAGAUUUUCUGGCGUACCGUGCCGACGACGACGCGAUCGCGGAAGCGUUUCUCCUUCUGCCUUCGCCUUGCCUCUCCCGCCUGUCCCGCUCUGCCUCUGCGGGGGGGAAUGUAGCCGACCACAACAUUGGGCUUCUGUGCAGCCCUGGGGUUAGCACGUUAUGGCUCCGAGGACGCUUCACGGAUGAGGGCGUCGGUGCUCUGUUGCCAGCGUUGAAUGCGGGCAAUAGGCCCAACGGAGGGUCUCACGCAGCCGAACUCGCCGAGGUGUACCGAGACGGCACGGCGGCGGAUUGCUUAGCGGGCAACGCAGUAGAUACGGCGAUGGGCACCGAGAGCAGGGUAGCGAGCGGGGACGACGGGCUUGUUGCGUUGAUACAGCCGGCAGCCUACCACGCGGCUGCUGGCGAGGCCAUUGUCGAGGGAGCGGAAGAGGAAUGGGAGACUGCGUGCGAUCGCAUAGAGGCCUCUCUUCGUGGGGGCGUCUCGCUCACGUCCUUGGAUUUAAGCAGCCCCCGUGUCACUGCUGGCUUUGUGAAGAGGCUGACGGCCCGGAUACCUUCUUUGCGAAGACUCGGCCUCCGCGGCUCUUUCGGCGUAGUCGGAGGGCCAGACUUUGUUUGCGAUCACGUGCCCCGUCUCGCCGCCUUGCGAGAACUCGACUUGUCCCACUGCACGUGGUUCUGCGAUCUCACGCUGCGGCGUCUUGCCAAGUCCCUGUCGCUCAGGGCUUCACCGGCGGCGGGAGACCCCGAAAAUCAAGGGCCACACGCGGGGAGCGCAACAUAUCUGCAGGAUCUUGACGAGGCGGAGACGCGCGGCUGGGGUGCUGCGUUCGCACCAUCGACGAAUAACCUAGCAUUCGCUGGACAUGCAGGGUCGGGACCGUCCGGGUCGGACGCGGAUCUGGUGUCCGGAGCCAGUCGAGAGAGUGGCGAAAAGGAACUACCGAGCCUUGGGCGGUCUCUGCACCGCUUCCGCACGUUCACGGUUGUGUGCGCACGAACCGCGGUGACCGAGAAAGGGGCAAAGGCGGCGGAAUUGAUGUCUCCUGGGUUGAUGGUUAUUCUGGUAGCAGACAAGCCGGCCGCCGCCGGCGGUGCGCUGAGUUUGGCGUCUUCGUGA